AGGCGGGGCGCCGAGCCCGACUGGAUUGCGUCCUGUUUAUCGCUUUGUGACUUUGACUCCGUUUGGAAAGUUGGGAACGAACUUAUUGGUUUUCGAUACAGUCACCGUAACAGUGUAGUGGCGCGCCGCAGUAUGUGGUUAGAACGGAAAUAAAAGCACUGGACACAGCUGUGGUCUCCAGACGAUCUUGUUAUAAUUAUUUUUUAUUUAUUUUGCUGUUCAUGUGAAACAAGAUAGGAAAAAAAAGAUGCUUCUCCGGGUUUUCUCAAAUUUCUGCACAAGGAAGUCGACCCCUAGGCGCAUGCUGCUGGCAGCGGUGUCCCUUCUGCUGCUCGUCAUCGGGGCUACGCUCUCCGCUUUGCUUCCUGCUGCAGAUGAUCGCGCGGGCCUUGGGCGCAUCGACAUCGAGAGGGUCCUGCGGCGACAGGCGAGCGAUGACGCACCUCGGCGGGCAGCGAACCCCCCUGCUAACUCCUUCACCAUCAUCAUGCAGACGUACAACCGGACGGACGUUCUGCUGAAGCUGCUCAAUCAUUACCAGGCGGUACCGCGCCUUCACCAGAUCAUCAUCGUGUGGAAUAACGUCGGGGAGACGGCUCCGCAAGAGCUUUGGGAAGCGCUGGGCCCCCACCCGGUGCCGGUGCUCUUCAAAGUGCAGAGCGUCAACCGCAUGCGGAACAGAAUGCAGCCCUUCCCUGAGCUGGAGACGGACGCCGUACUGAUGCUCGAUGAUGACACCCUGAUCAGUGCACCAGACCUCAGCUUUGCCUUCUCUGUCUGGAAGCAAUUUCCUGAGCAAAUUGUUGGGUUUGUUCCACGCAAGCAUGUGACCACAGCUUCGGGGGUUUAUAUCUACGGGAGUUACGAGCUCCAGGACCCAGAGGAGGGUGGUGGAGACAGGUAUUCCAUGGUUCUGGUUGGCGCGGCCUUCUUCCACCGCCACUACCUGCAGCUUUUCCGCCAUCAGCCUGCCGAGGUGCACGCGCUGGUGGACGAGACGCAGAACUGCGACGACAUCGCCAUGAACUUUGUCGUAGCGACGCAGCUUGCGCGGCGCGAUGACGGGGAGGGGCGUCCCUCGGGCGUGUUCGUGAAGCCCGUGGACGUGCGUAACUUGGAGCGCGACGCCAGCAGCGGCUACGUGGGCAUGUGGCACCGCGCCGAGCACAUGCUGCAGCGCUCCUAUUGCCUCAACCGCCUGGUGCAGAUCUACGGGAGCAUGCCGCUCCGCUACUCCAAUCUGAUGCUCUCUCAGUUUGGCUUCCCCAGCUACGGCAACCACAAGACCAGGAACUAGAGGCGGGAGGGAGUCCUUGCGGGCCGCUGACAGACUGUCGCAAACAUCGGAAUGCAGCGAUCGAGCUUUUCUACCGCUCGCUCUUUUUUCUCAAAUUUAUUAAGAAACCUAAAAAUAAUAAAGCUCAAUGUUUCUUACUGUAAUUUUACUUUGACAUUAUGGUUCAGUAUGUAGUUACGUUAUUAAAUUGUUGCUUUGUUCUUCUCUUUUGAAAAAAUGACUUGGUUAACGUGACCGUUCGUGUUCAAGGCAAAUGACCAGUUAGAAGGGGGCUUUUCCUGCAAUCACUGGGACAAAAUAUCGCUUUAUGUUAAAAUGUAAAGUGUUUUUUAAAUUGUAUACAACAUUUUCCCGGCUCUUCAAUGAAGCGGAUUAGAAUUCAUCUUUGUAAGCAGAAGCAGAACACAUUUUUUUUCA